AUGGUCGAUUACCAUCUUGUUGUGUUGGUUCAUGGGCUCUGGGGAAACCCAUCUCAUCUUUUGUACAUUGAAAAACAACUCGAAAAUCAUUUUAAUGAGCAAGCUCUGCAACAUGAGCAAGUAAUUAUUUAUAAGACAGGCUCACAUUCUGGAUUUUUAACUUAUGAUGGAAUCGAUGUUAAUGGGAAGAGAAUUGCUGAUGAAAUUUUGAGAGAAACUGUGAGUUUAUCGAAUAAUACCGCUUCAAAAGAUCGAGUAACUAAAUUUCUGAUUAUUGGUUAUUCUCUUGGUGGGUUGAUAUCAAGAUUUGCUUUGGGUAUUUUAUAUUUUCAAAAGUAUUUUGAUAACAUUGAGCCCAUAAACUUUAUAAGUUUCUGCUCUCCUCAUGUUGGGGUAUUAGCACCUGGAGAAAAUAUAUCAGUUAAGUUAUUCAACAAGAUAGUACCUCAUUUCCUAGCCCAUUCUGGUUACCAGUUAUUUCUUAAAGAUUCCAAAAUCGUCUCACCUUCGAGUAAAUUACCUAAUGUUAAUGAUUUACCUUUAUUGGUGUGGAUGGCUGAAACCAAUUCGGUUUUUUUCAAAGCUUUGCAGAAGUUCAAGUAUAGAUCCUUAUAUGCUAACAUAGUUAAUGAUAAGAGAACAUGUUGGUUUACCUCUGCUAUUGAGGAAGCUGAUCCUUUCAAUUCAAUGUCCAAUGAGAACCCAUCAGCAUAUAAAUUAGAUUACAUUAAGAACUAUGAACCCACGGUUAUUGACUUCAGUAAACCUAUUUGUUAUGAGAAGGCUGCUCCACCUACUUCGGAUAAUUUCGAUCAAGGUUCUAAAUUUCAAAAAUUUCUUAUCAGAAAAUUCAAUUGGUUAAAAGUUUUGGGUAAUUUGUUAUUAUUUACACCUUUAUGGAGUAUUUUCUUCAUUGGCUCUUCCUUAUUUCAAAGAUUUAAACUCAAUAGAAGAGUUAAUGAUUUUUUCAAAGAUGGCUCAAAUAGUUUGAUUUACUUGUAUGACUUUAUAAAUGAAGAUUCCAAUAAUACUAAUAACUCUUUUGAUGAUCUUGAAAUGCCCAAAAAUCUGCUUAAUAGUCAUGAUAAUAAUGACUAUUUGGAAGCACUAGGAAAAGAAAUUAAUAAUACAAUAAAAGAUCAAACCGACACUUUUGUUGAAUCAGUUUACGACGCCAUGAAUAGCGAGUAUACCGAUGGUUAUAGUAUUCAUAAUAGAGACACAUCAAAAGAAAUAUUAAAACCCAAUAGUGAUGAGUUCAAAUUAGAAUUAACACCCCAACAAAAUUUCAUCAUUGAAAAAUUGAAUACUCUCAUUUGGAAUAAAUUCCCCAUUUUGAUCAGAAAUACCAAAGCUGCUCAUGCUGCUGCUAUCGUAAGAUAUCAAGAUGACAAGUUUGAAGAAGGUAAAACUGUGGUAAAUCAUCUCGUAAACGAGGUUUUCCAAUUAUCUUGA